AUCUUUGAUACUACUCUCUCUCUCUACUCUAAGGUGAAAUAAGUUUUUCGUUGAAAAGUCAUUGAUAGUGUACGCCACUAACUCAAUUUCACAAUCACUUGCAAAUAGAAAGAGGGAGAGAUUAGGUGUGUAUAAAAGCUCUGCCCCACCAACACAACUAAAGCUAAAGCUCUUUCCAUGCCAUGUUUGGAAUGAGCAAUGGCAAUAUUUGAAAUCAGUUGCAAUCUCACUCGUGUACCGGCGGUGUUGUGAGUGAACGUUUAACGGCAGUUUGGAAGAGUAUUUUUUUUUGUUGUUUAAAUUAUUGAAGAGACUUACAUACAUACAAACACGAACUUUAGAGCCGACGCUAUCAUUUAAGUACUGAUAAAUAAAAAAAAAUGUGCACGAAUCAGACUGAAGCGACAUUACCGCCGUCCUACCUCAACGCGGACUUUAUUAAACAAGUACUGGAAAGUCACUUUAAUGGCGCGCAUGAUGGCGGCAACAACAAUAAAGUGGAAAUAUUGGAAUGCCAAUUUGAACGUGCAACAGCAGAGGGCGAAAACUUUUGCAGCGUCAUCUAUCGGGCAAAAGUACAAUUUUAUUUACAGUGCGCAGAUGCGGAAAAUUCAAAAAAUUCAAAUGCAAAGCGCAAUAUAACGGUUAUUGUGAAAGAUGUUUUGGGGGAAAUAGCCGAACUCGGUUCGAAUGAGUUGGUUAUGUAUAAACAUGUGUUGCCGGAAAUGCAGAAAAUUCUUGAAGAACCUGUUAAGAAGGAAAAUAUUGGAGAUGGUGCUGCGCUGCCGAAAUUCUAUGCCACUUGCUACUAUUGUUCGCGUGAUCCACGUGAAAUUUAUGUUUUAGAGGAUCUAAAUGACGCCGACUAUCGCAGUAUGAAUCGUUAUAUAGGUCUGGAUUUGGAGGAAACGAAAGUCGUACUAAAGAAGCUUGCCAUAUUCCAUGCUGCCUCAAUGAAGUAUAUAGAAAAAUUCCCUACAGAAUCGGCUGCCUUACUCCCAUCGACAUUCGCAAACGGUUUCCACGACGACGUCUAUUUCAAUGCUAUUGUUGUGGGUGGCAUAACUGCGGCCGCCAAAAUUGUAGCAGAAUGGGAGAAUUUUGAAGAAAUUGCAACGAAAAUGCGCGCCUCUGUCGACAAAUUCGAUGAGUGCGCCAAGCGUGUAAUACGUGCGGAACGUUGCCGCUUCAAAGUGCUUACGCACGGCGACCUCUGGGCAAAUAAUGUGCUUAUGAAAUACGCGACGGUAAAUGGCAAACAAGUGCCACAGGAUGCAGUAUUUGUCGACUUUCAAAUGGGUUUUGUUGGCAGUUGCGGUUACGAUAUAAAUUUCUUUCUGAACACAAGUGUUCAAAUGGAUGUCUUGAAGUUACAUCGUUAUGAGUUGCUGCGUCAUUAUUACGCACAACUCAAGGAGACACUGAAGACUUUGGGUACUGCAGCCACGGACAUACCCACUUGGCAAAUGAUUGUGGAGGAAGUGCGUGAUUUGGAAUUGGCUAGUUACUAUGCGUUGGCAUGUGAAUUGCCAUUAUGCUGUAUGGAUCGUGAGGGUUCUGUUGGUCUGUCGCUGAAUAGUUUGAUAGAUCCGUCAACCAAAGAAGCAACGCAUAAGAAGAUGUUUGGCAACAAGCGUGUAUUAGAUAUGUUGCGUUACGAAUUGGAUCGUUUAAAUGAGCUUGGUGUUUUGGAUUUAUGAUAAAACACUUUCAGAAUAAAUGGAAAUGUAACAAAUAA